CAAAAUGUCAAAUGAAUUUGAUGAAAAUAUUCCUUCAACAUCAUCUGCAACUUUUUUACAAAAUAAUGAUGUAAUUGAAAAUUGUGUAUUGGAAAGUGAUGAAGCUGAAGGUUCUGAGGAAUAUUUAACUCCUGCUGAUGCAAGUUUAUUUUUUUAUGUUUUUUGGGGGAUUUUUUGGGACAAUUUCUGUCAUCCUACUUUUGAGGAUGGACUUAAGACUAAAUGUCCGCCUGUUCUCAAAGAAUUAACACAAGCAUUUUUAAACGAAUCUGCUUCCCCCAAACUUUUACCAGAAAAACUUGAUUUGGUUGAUAAAAUGCUUUUACAAAAAAAUUUAAUUGAAAGAAUAAUGGAAAGAAAUCCAAAUAAAAAAAGUUUGGCUUGUUCAUUACACAAAAUGGAGCUUUGCAGAAUUGAAUAUUUAAUUAAUUCUUAUUUGAGAUUACGCCUUCAAAAAAUCGAACAAAAUCCAGCCCAAUCAUUACAAGACCAUUCAGAACGCUUAAAAAAUGCUUUAGCCAAAUACAAAGCUGGAAAUGUUGAUUCUUCUUUACAGGCAGAAUUAUUGGAUGUUCGAGAAUUAAAAUUUGCUCAAAAAUUGUUACAAGCAAAUUCAACCCUUUUUGAAGAUUCUUUUCUUAAACAAAUACCUGCUAGCAUGAAAUGGUUACCUAUUGUUUCAAACAAUUCUGAAACUGAUUCAACGCGUGUGUUUAUUGAAGUAUUAAAAGAUGGGUUGGAAGACAUUCCUAUACCUAACAUGGCUGAUCCAAACUCAGAAAUUUUUUUGAAGUUAGAACAAGGAAGUCGACAUUUUGUGCCUUUCAAUUGUAUUAAACAUUUAUUAGAACGUUCAGAAAUUUGUCUACUUUAG